AUGAAUGUGAGGCUGAAUGGGCUGCUGCUGGAGGAAGUUGAGAGCUUCAAGUAUCCUGGGUCACAUGUAGCAGUAAAUGGGAGAGUGGAUGUGGAGUUGCUAGUUGGGCUAACAACGCAGUGUUUUGGUAUCCUCUUCCUUGGUUUUUUAACUGAGCUGAAGACGUCGUCUGCUCUCAUUGGUUGGAUAUACAGUCUCGUCUUUACGUUCUCCAGCUUCUUCAGUUAUUUUCUGGAACCUUUGGUCAGCAAGUAUGGCUGGCGCAUGGUAGCGUUUUCCCUGGGAGUUGUCAACGGUGUUGGUCUGGCCUUGUCCGCAUUUGCAACGUCGGGCUCAUACCUCAUCUUCUCGUAUUCUUUUCUAGCAGGCAUGUCAGUGGAAAUGCUAUACAAUCUCACGUACAGUAUCAUCCCACAUUACUUUACCCGCUGGAGAGGACUGGCCAACGACAUCAUGACUUCCGGCACACCAGUCAACCUGCUCCUGAUGCCGAAUGUUCUCAAGUGUCUCCUCGCAAGUUAUGGUUUUCGAGGAUCGGUUCUCAUCACAGCCGGUCUUGCCCUUAACAUCUGUGUUGCAGCGAUGGUUUUACAUCCGGUUGAAUGGCACAAAAAGAGCGUUGCUCAUGCAUCUAAAACAAAAAACAAAAUAAUAAGUUCAAAAAAGGAAGAAAAAGCAUCACUGCUGGAUUCUUUGCAGACAUUUAUCUGUAUAUCGGGGAAAAAUUUGUUUCUCAUAAAAUCCCCAACCAUCGUUAUUAUAUGCCUUGUGUAUGCCAUAACAUAUGCUGGUCUUUUCAGUAUUACCAAUGUCAUCCCCUUUGCUUUAAAAGAUGAAGGGUAUGAACUGAAGGACAUUUCUUUAUGUUUAUCUAUGGAAGGCGUUGGUUGCCUUAUUUCAAAGUUUUUUCACAGCAUCCUCCCAACCAUGUUCAAGUUGAAAAGCCAAGUAACUCUGCUGACAGGAUCUACCAUCAUGUGCACAUCAAUUGUUGGUAAGAUCGUCUUCAAUGAAUAA